GCAGACAGCCAGAUGCAGCUUUAGAGAGAGGGAGAGAGCACACACACUCAACAAGAUAGUAGGAGAUACGCGUGGGAACAGCAAAACACUGGAUAGAGACAGAGCCGGGUGUGCAAAACGAACGUGUCCGAGCCUGUGGGUCUGUAUCUGUGUGUGUGUGUGUGUGUGCGUGUGUGUGUGUGUGUGUGUGAGCUCAGUGUGUUUCCACGGUUCCCUGAGGCCGUGGUAGCCAUGGCGUCAGAGCCCAGCACCCAGUCCAGGGUGGUGUUCCAAGCAGCGGACAAAACAGAGGAACCGGCGCACCGCAAGCUGGGCAAGCUGACAGUCAAAUACAACCGCAAGGACCUGCAGAGGAGGCUGGAUAUCGAGGAGUGGAUCGACGGGCAGCUGCACCUGCUGUUUGACUGUGAGGAGGAAGAGAUUCCAGAGUUAGAGAUUGACAUAGAUGAGCUCCUGGAGUUGACAGACGAGGGCCAGAGGACACGUCUGCAGGAGCUGUUGCAGGAAUGCGGAAAGCCAAAAGAGGAUUUUAUCAACGCGCUGCUCUACAGGAUAAAGGGUCUACGCAAAAUGUCAGGUCCCUUGAGGAAAUAAAUAUAGGUCAAAUAAAGAAAUGAGACAAUGUGGAGCCUCUUAUAUUCCCAUGCAUUAAGUGUAACAUGUGAGGGGGACUCUUCCUGCCCUCUGCAGCCCCUCUCGGGUCUUAACAGGGCAGUCGGCUUUUCAAUGGAUUUUGAAUUUAUUAUUUCAUAUUUAUUGACCGACUGCUAUAACAUUUUGUCUCCCAUUGAACAUUAUACCAUUAAUGCACACAUGUGAUAAAAGUUGUACUAUUACUCAGACUGACUUCUUUUUUGUUUCAGACAUUUUCAGUUGCCUAUUUAUGUACAUAAAUACUUUUGUUCUGAUAACAGUGUUGUAUGUCCAAAUAAAAUGGAACAUUUUCAAGAUA